AUGGAAAGUGAACAGGUAUUAUAUUAAAUGACAAAUUUUAGAAAGAGAAUAGCUAACCUUUAUUGAAAUAAAGAUAUGAACCCUUUUCAAUCGAAGAAACAAAAGAAAAUGUUGAGAUUGAAUAGGAAAACAAGUUUGAUUAAUUCAAAGACUUUGUGUUUGGAAUAAAAAUAUAAAAGAGUUAGAGAGAUGUAUAUCUGGAUGGGAAAGUGAAUCCAAUUAACAAAUAGAACAAUUUCAUAAAAAACUCAAAAUACAAUGCAUUUACAUUUUUACCUCUAGUGUUGUUUGAACAAUUCCAUUAAUUUAUAAACUUAUUUUAUUUAGGUUUAACAAUAACUUAAUGUAUAAGUUUUUUAAAAGUUGGUAUAAUGAAAUGCUAUUAAAGGAUUUUUAAUUGAUUAUUUAGGACCGCUUGCUUUGGUAGUUGCAAUAUCUUUACUGAAGGAAUUGUAUGACGAUAUUCAACGACACAUGAGGGAUCACUAAAUUAACAAUUAUGAAUAUGGAUUAAUAACAAGAAAUGGAAUUCAAAAAAUAUCAAGUGGAAAAAUUAAAGUAGGCUAAAUAGUAGAAGUCAAAUGUAAUGAAAGAAUACCAGCAGAUUUACUAGUAUUAUAUGCUGAGUAAAAAGAUAAUUAUAUAAUUUAAGUGAUGAAUAAGGAAACGUCUUUAUUAGAACUGAUUAACUUGAUGGUGAGACUGAUUGGAAAUUACGAAAAGCAGUAAAAGCAACAUAAAAUUUGAUUAGAAAUGGUGCAGAUCCUAGUUCAUUGAUAUCCUAAAAUAGUUAUGCAACAUGUUAAGAACCUAUUGCAAAUAUCUAUUAAUUUUCAGGGUUGUUUAAUUAUAGAUAUCAAAAAGAAUCCUUAUCUUUGGAACAUGUAAUGUGGGCUAACACAGUAUUAGCAACAGGUAGAAUUUAUGGAUUGGUGAUAUUGAAUGGUAAGGAAACACGUAUGGCAAUGAAUAGUAAGACUCCAAAAACUAAAUUUGGUAUUCUUGAUGGUAAUUAGAUAUUUUAUUUAUACUUUAGAUGAAGUAAAUUGGCUAAGCUUUUUGUUAUUUGUUAUGAUGUCAAUAAUGGCAGGGAUAGUUACAGCAUUUAGUGGAUAGCCAGCAACAGCUAGUGUUGUAACAGUUGCAUAUAUUAGAUACUUAGUAUUGCUAAGUAACAUAAUACCAGUAAUGCUUUUUUUUUAAUUUAGAUAUCAAUGAGAGUAAACUUAGAAUUUGCUAAAUUGGUUUAUUCAUAUAAAAUUAAUAUUGACCCAUAGAUUGAAGGUACAAUCACGAGAAAUUCAAAUAUACCAGAAUCUCUUGGCAGAAUUUAAUAUUUAUUAAGUGAUAAAACAGGUACGUUGACAUAAAAUGAUAUGAUAUUUAAAAAAUUAUCAUUGGCUUCAGCUCAAUUUUCAGAGGAAGACAAAGAUGAAAUGAAAAAGAUAUUGAUUGAGUAAUGCAAAUUAAAUGAAUACCCAUUAUAGGAUGUAGUAAAUUUUUUAAAUAAAAAUAAUUCAAAAUUAAGACUAAAAAGAGAAAGAGAUUAAGUUUUUAGAGAUUUAAUGUUUGCCUUAUGCUUAUGUCAUAAUGUGACACCAAUUUAUGAUGGGGAGAAUCCAAAAACAUUUUAAGCCUCAUCUCCAGAUGAAAUUGCUCUUGUAAAGAUUGCAGAAGAAAUAGGAAUUGAAUUAAUAUCAAGAGAUUAGAUUCAAAUAACAAUUAAAGAUUGCAUAGAGAGGAAACAAAAGUAUGAAAUUUUAAACAACUUUCCCUUCUCAAGUGAGACAAAAAGAAUGGGCAUUAUUUUAUACAAUAGAGAAGCAAAUAGAUAUAUAUUCUAUGUUAAAGGAGCUGAUGCAGUAAUGAAAUAAUUAGUCUAAGAACAUUAAAGAGGAUUCAUAGAUGAAGAAUGUGAGAAUUUAGCAAGAGAAGGUUUUAGAACUUUAGUAAUCACAUAAAAAUUACUUACGAAAUCAGAAUAUGAAAAUUGGAAGUGUAAAUUUGAUUAGGCAAAUGAAUAAAUAGAAAAUAGAGACACUGAAAUUUAGAAAGCAAUUUCAUUAUUAGAAAAAGAUAUGGAAUUUUUAGGUAUUACUGGAGUAGAAGACAAAUUACAAGAAGAAGUAUGUUCUACAUUGGAAAAUGUUAGAAAUGCAGGUAUAAAUGUAUGGAUGUUAACUGGUGAUAAAAUUGAAACUGCAAUAUGCAUAGCUAUAUCAAGUGGAAUCAAAUCUCCCACAUAAUAAAUAUUUUUAAUCAAAGAAACUUCUGACCCUGAAAAAUUUUAAUAAUAAAUUAAUACUUUUGGUAUUGAAACUAAUAAUAAUUUACUUGUAAUUGAUGGAACCAGUUUAAAUACUGCACUUACAUAUUUUGAGGAACUAUUUUUUACAAUUGCUACUAAGAGUUAAUCUGUUGUUUGUUGUCGUUGUUCUCCAACUUAAAAAGCUUAAGUUACAGAAUGCAUUAAAUUUUAUACAAAAAAAGUAGUUGCAUGUAUUGGGUAUGAUUUCAUAAUUAUAUCUUUAUUAGAGAUGGUGGUAAUGAUGUAGGUAUGAUUUAAUCUGCAGAUGUUGGAAUUGGUAUUGAAGGUAAAGAAGGGAAAUAAGCUGCCUUAGCCUCUGAUUUUUCUAUAGUCAAAUUUAAAUAUUUGAAUGUUUUAUUAUUAUGGCAUGGCAGAUUAUCAUACAAAAGGAGUGCCUUAUUAUCAUAAUUUGUUAUUCAUAGAGGAUUAAUCAUUUCAGUAAUUCAAGCUGUUUUUAUGUUUGUGUUCUACUUUUUGUCUAUUAGUAUUUUUAGUGGUGGAUUAUUACUUGGAUAUUCUACUAUUUAUACGUAUUUAAAUUAAUUAAAAUUUAGAAUGUUUCCAGUGUUUUCCAUAAUAUUUGAUGAAGAUGUUGAUAUUAAAAUUGCUCUUUAAUACCCUCCACUUUAUAGAUCUUUACAAAAAGGUAGAGAUCUAAAUGCUAAGACAUUUAUGGUUUGGGUUUGGAAAUCUAUAUUUUAAGGAGUAAUAAUUAUGAUUUUGGCUUUGGUUAUGUUUAAGAAUAUAUUUUUGGAAAUAGAAACAGUUGCUUUUACAGCUCUUAUAUUUAAUUAAUAUGCAUUAACAUUAAGUGAAGUAAGGUUUGUAUUUAAUAUUUUAGUUGCAUUCUUUGCAUAUUGUUAUGAUAAUAUCUAAUGUUGCAUCAGCAGUUAUUUACAUUUUAUCCAUUAUGUGGUUUCCAAAUCAAUUAUUGGUUUCAGCCAUGACCUUUUAAUUUUUCUUUUAUGUAAUUGUGAUUGUACUGGUCAGUUGGUCUCCUUGUUUUAUUGCCUAAAAGAUAUUAAAGAAAUAUGAUCCAUCAGAUUAUGAAAAGAUCAUGGCUAAUGUAAAAAGAGAAUUAAUCAAUACCAAAAUUUUUAAGUGA